CUCGCGGUCGCGGCGUUCCGCGGUGUACCGCGCGCGUUCGUACGUUACGUUGCGUCAUAUUGCGCACCGUGCUCCCUCCCCCCCCACCGCGGAAUCAGUGUCGCGAAUCUCGUUUUCGAAGCGAGCGGUUCGCACGCACACAUGUCGCGUCGCGAAAUCAAAUCAUCGGCCCGGGAAGCGACAGUCCGUGCAACAACGCGCGCCGCGCGAGUGCCGUCGUGCGUACGUCGUACGCGAUCAUCGGCCGCCGCCGUCGCGGCGUGCGUGCCCGUGUCUUGGUCGUCGUCGUCAUUGCCGCCGUCGUCGUCGUCGUCGUCGUCAUCGCCGUCGUGCUCAUCGUCGUCGUUGUUGUGGUCGCCGUGAUCGUCCUUACCAUUGCAGCCGAUACCGAUGCUGUGCGUGUCUCUGUGCGAGAUCGGUAGGUCAAAAUGGCGUGAACCGACCGCGCGAUUUUAAGGUUAUCUUUGCUCGUGGCGGGUUCGACCGCACGGCGGGACCGUGUACGCCCGGAACGUUGAUCGUGACCGGGUGUUUCUUCUGAGCGUGAGUACAAGUCCCGCGCUUAUCGUCGUCGUCGUCGUCGUGACUGUUGACGUCGUCGUCGUUGUCGACGUCCACGCUCCACCACGUACACGUCCGCAUUUUCCGUGCCGUGAGUUAUAUGAGUUAUGAGGACGGAAUGCCCGCAGGCAGUAACGGUCGUAUCCGCGGUUACCCAGCGCGGAUGUCCGAGCGGCAACAAGUCGCGCUACUCUUGCAAUUGUCUUCUAAGGAGAUGUUACCAGGGGGAACUCGUUCGGAAAAUACUGGCACAACAAACACCAGCUCCUCGAGAUCGUCGUCGUCAACGUCCUCGUCGGCGUCGGCAUCGUCGUCGUCAUCACUACAGCAACAGCGCGGAGCGAAGGGUCGCUGGUCCAACAAAAAUGGAGAGUCGCCCGUCCAGACGUCGAUCAAUCGCAAGGAGGACUUUCGCGUGCGGCAGAUCCUCGUGAACGGCUACGAUAUAAACGCCUCCAGGGAGACAAAUGACAUUGCAGGCGUCACCGCAACCGCUGGCUCGCCACCUGACGAGAGUGCAACCGCCGCUCCUGAAAGCCCGUGCUCCCCUGCCGAGAUCGCCGCACCACCGCCGGCAUCCUCGGCCUCAGCAGCGCCGUCGAGCGAGCAGCAAGAGCAGCAACAGCCGCCGCAACAACAACAGCAGCAGCCGCUCUACCAGCAGCACAACACUCAGUACCAACAGCAGCAACGCGCAGCCGGGAGUGCCGCAGCCGCUGCACCGCACGUCGCCGAGGACAGUGGAGCCCCCUGUGAAAUGCGGAGAACACCACCGCAAAAUAAAGUCGACAGAUCGGGAACCGGGCAGUCUGGAAGCUCGCCGAGGGUGACGCUCCGCCUCAACCAGGUGCGAGGCACGAGGGAUGAGAAGAAAGGAGGGGGUGCUGCGAACUCCCGUCAGGGCGGCAUGAGCGCACAGGGUCAAGGCCAGAUGGAGACUUCGUCGAAGACGCCGGCCAGCAGCGCGUCGUCGACGAGCGCGAAUGCCGUUUCCGGCUCCGGCAGCACGUCCGGUAGCACAUCGGCCUCAUCUGCCGAUAACAGUGACGUCUACGAGUUCAAGAGCUCAAAGGAACCGACACCGGUGAGGGGCGCGAGCUCGUCGCCGAAUCCUAAUCCGGACAAGGAGAAGGAUGGUGGUAAGCCGUCGAGCGGGCCGCAAGGCAGCCAGGUGUCCGGCAGUAGCGGUGGUAACACGUCCAUUGCAGCUAGCGGUUCGUCGACGUCCGUCAGCGAGACGUCGACGACGUCGUUGAGUACUGACGAGGCUGCUGCCGCUACUACGUCGCCGUCAUCGAAGCGGUCCUUUGAGAGUGACAACACAGACGAGCAGGACGAGGAGAAUCGCCGCAAGAAACGAAAGGACUCCGAGAACGCAAAGGAGAACACGAAGACGAACACUACGGGCAGGCAGAGCACGGGUAGAAAUGCUGCUGGCGUCAACGAGAAGUGCGCCAAGUCCGGCAAGCAGGGAUCCGGAACCGCAUCCGGCAAGGGAAAUCAAAACACGAACUCCAUCAGCGCGGACAGGAAAAGCCCUAGUACCUCUUCGAUGGCCAGCAGCCCGAAACCUUCGAGCACGCCCGGCUUGACAAGCACUAAGACCGGCACUCCGGCGUCGGCCGAGUCCGACGGCGAAGAAGAUCGAUCCAAGUGCUCGGACUCGAGUUCCGCUCCGAAAGUGCCGCCUCUAAAGAUUGUUAUUCCGCAAAGCACCGCGUCGGAACAAGAGCAGGGCAACAGAAAUGGCAAGAAUACGGCGAACAGAAGCCACCAGUUGCCAUACGUGGUCGCCAGUUCGAACAGCAACGACUCAACGGACAAAGAUCAGAGCCAGUCAGCUAGCGGAACGACCAGUCCUACAGAGGGUGGCGGUAGCGUAAAAACGGAGGACAAGAAGGACUUUAGUGGAGCUCUGCACGGGGAAGAGAGGUCGACUCAUCACCAAAGGGUUCUGAGAAGUUCGCACAGAACCGGUAAUGGCGGUAACGGCACUUCAACGCCAAAGGAAGCUACGCCUUCGUCGGGAAACGGGAAUUAUUCUAACUCGUCGCCUUUACCCGUCAACACCUCCGCAGAUCGUUCGAACAACUCGUCGCCACAGCAAACGAGGCAUCACUCACCGACGCCGGAGACAACCGGAUCCGACGCUGGUAAAUCCAAUUCGUCGGAGUCCACGAGCACGGGAACAGUCUCAAAGUCUAGCGUAACCGUGGAGAAGUCGGAAAAGAGCACGGACACCGCUGGAAAGAGUCAGAAGGACAGUAAUAUAGAGGUCUCGGAUAACUCUUCGAACAACGUCCCGUCGAAUGCGGCGUCUAACGCAAGCACGCCGGCGCCGCCUGUCGAGCUUCAUCCUAGGAAGAGAAAGAUGAAGCCCAGCAAGGAGGCGCAGCAGGCUGCAGCGACCGCCGCCGCGAGUGAAGCGGCCGAGGCUACCAGCACGGGACCAGAAGUUCAUCCGCACGAUCAGCCCAUCACCAACUGUUAUCAGUUGUUUCUCAAUAUUAGAAAACAGAUUGAGAGAAGACGGAAGGGUCUGUUCCCAGUUCAACCGAAACCUCCUCAAGGCUUCAAGGAUUAUCUGAUGAAUCGUUGUACAUACGUGCUAGCUGGUAACGCGAAAGAACCAAAUGUCAACCCACCGGUUGGCCUUCACGGAGCCAUGAAGGAUCUGUACAUCGAGCAGGAAAAAGAACGGUAUCAUCUGAGAAUGCAACACGUAGUCGAGAAGGAGAAACUGGUCCUGUCGGUGGAACAAGAGAUUCUUCGGGUACAUGGCAGAGCGGCUAGGGCGCUUGCCAAUCAGUCCCUUCCUUUCUCCGUCUGCACGAUCCUUAAAGACGAGGAGGUUUAUAAUGUCAUCACCCCCGAGCAAGAAGAGAAAGAUAGGAAUGCGAGAAGCAGAUACAACGGGAGAUUAUUCUUGAGUUGGCUGCAGGACGUGGAUGACAAGUGGGAAAAGAUUAAGGAGGGCAUGGUGAUGAGACAUCACAACGAAGCGGAGUCACUGCACGCUGUUCAGCGAAUGCACUGGGAAUGGAAGUUGAAGGAAGUCGGACUGUGCGAAUCCAAGGCGACUCCUCAAAUAGAAGACAUUCACGUCCCGAUAGUGCACGUAUCAGACGACUUCGAUUUAUUACCAGCUUAGUGUACAAUAAUUGAUAAUAUAAUAAUACUAUUGUGUCCUGGUAUCCUAGCCAGCUUUUCUCUCACGUCUUCGGGGCCUCGAAGAUGGCGGCUUUAAUCUGUGAUCUCUUUGUCGAUGUAUGCACUGCUUCUAUAUAUCGAGAUUUGUAUUAUAAAUAUACAACUUCACCGCGACACAGUGAAUUUUCUGGAAGAAUUUCGCAAGUGCAUAUUACACGGUAAUUUAAACAUACUCGAUACGUUAAGAUUUCACUUCGUCCGGAAUAGUGAACUUUGAUUAUAUUGGAAUUUCCAACUCGUUGAGUUUCUGUCUUGGACGAUUUUAAAAGUCAAGCAUUCGGACUGAGAAAUUCCGUUUACUACUUCAUAUUCCAUGUGACGCAGAAAUCAUUUAUAGAUGCAUGUAUAUGUAAUAUUUGCAUUUACAAAUGAUCUUUCAGAGCGUUGGUAAAAUCUGCGUGUUUGUUUGUCGCGAAUUACAACUCAUUUAAAGCGCGUUUAGUGUAAUAAAGGAAAGAUAAAUGAUAUUCUGAGGCUAUUUUUGAAACGAUUGCAAGUUUUACCAAGAGACACGGUAGCGAUUUAAUACUU